AUGAUCUUGGUCCCUGCCAGUGCCAAAACCCUCUGUGAUACCAUUCGGAACUCCAUUGGCGAGCCCCCGGAAGAACCUGCUAAAUGCAUUCAGUGGUUCGCAGCGCUCCUCAUCGUGACCGGCCGCAACCAAAGACAUCCCCGAGCAGUGCCAGACGCGGCCGUAGCCAACAUCAUAUCAUGCAUUCUCCCGCCAGCCACUCCUAUAAAUUCUGCAACUACGACUUCAAUCCCGCCUCUGCCAUCAGCUGAAAGAGUGCAAUUGCUUCUCGAUUGGCGCAAGGGCGAGCGUGCGGUGGGAGUGGCGGGCCUCGCACAGAUCUUUGCACCGGUAUCAGGACAACUCCCGAGCCGCCGGGAGAAGGACAUAGUGUAUGUGAUGGGCAUUAGUGGGGAUCGAGAGGAGAUAGUGAGACAUUUGACCGAGGCCAUGGAACGCCCCACAUGCACAAAAUGGAUUAAAGUUGCGAGGGAUACAUUUGCGGCAUGUAAGGACAAGACGAUCGUCCGGUACUACAUCGGGCAAUCCACGAAAGACCUACUCGGUCGCUACGCUGCCAAAGACCUCGACCUUAUUGAUCACAUCAGCAUGACACUAUAUGCAGUCUUUGGACCGGGGACCUCAUUAAGCUCAUCAUCCAGCGUCUCCUUCUUCGCCACCCCGAUCGUUGCCUGCAAGGGCAUUGUGACCCUUUCAACCGGCGCUCACCUCCGCCACGACAUCGAGUGGGCCUUGAUUACGUUUUUACGGAGCUCUAGGCCGGAGAACGUACUCAACUACCUCGGGGGGGAAUGCAGAGGGGUUAGUCCGGAAUGGUCGCUGUUCAGCGACAAGUACGAUGGAGUCUCUUCGAGGGGUGCCUACUUCCCAGCAUGUUCGGGCAAGAUGAUGACCAUUGGAAAUCGCAGUUUAUCCCUUCAUCAAACGGGAGAGAGAGGUGCAGCGGGGUGCCUACUGGAGCUCGCAAACGGCGGUCAAGCUGUCCGAAUCUACUCCCACGUCGAGCAUCGGGUUCUCUGGUGUCACCGGUUGGAAUUGUGUGCAGCAUGGACCGACCAGUUCGAGCGGAUGUUUGAGCGCGACAUCAAGCUGGGGAAGGUACCUGCUAGGGCGCUUGAGUGGUCUGACACAGAGAUUGACUUCGAUCCGACGACGGUAUACACCACUUCCUGGGCCAUGAUAUGCGACAGGCCCAUUUCCCGGAUUUGCUUUGGAUCGACACUACCUGGGAAGGAUGGGGAGGGUGUGCAGCUUUCGGCCAGGUGGCGCACGGCAUAUGAAGACCAGCUCACUUUUGUCCUGGCGUGCGUCGACCCGGAUACGGCUGAAAUCGUCAUCAAGGACGCCGCUGACCCCACCAAGGUCGUGAUCACGCUCCCUCCACCAAUCGUACAAAGUUGCAGUGUAAAGCAGCUCCACGCGGGGGAUGACGAGACAGGAUGGACCAUGUACACUCGCAAACAACUUUUUUGGGCUAUCGGAGGGUCGUCUCUUGCACGUACACUCGCCACUGUCGAGGACACCCUCCGCGUUCACCUGUCUCCUGCGGGCGAGGCCAGUUUGGAGCAGUUUCACAUCAAAAAUCGAGUUAGUAGCGGGAAAACGGGAAAACAGGACCCCACUCGUGCGCUGGAGCUCGCUUCUACCAACUCGCCAAUGAAACUCGGGAGGUAUCUACUUGCGCAGAAGGUGCGGUUCCCUGGUGACAAGCAUAGUCACUUCAAAUAUGUUUGCUGGUUGGGAGUCUUAAUUGGGGACGGGUUUAAGGUAGAGCGACAGCUAGGAGGGGAGCGACAGAUCGCAUCUCCAGGCUUUGUCGCAGCGUGGGGUGCUGCAGAGGAUGAUCAAGAUAGACUCCAUGUUAUGGCCUGGGUUGGAAUCGACAAUCUGCUCCACAUCGCUCUCAGCGAUGAUCCACAGCACGAGUUGGCUCAACUGCGGGUAUUCGAUGGGAACAGACGUUACUGUCCGGACGUGUAUGGGUGUUUUCUGUGUCUUCCCAGGAUGAAGAAGACGGUAUACCGCGGCGUCACUACUAUCACGUCCUCAUUCGGGCUCAUCCCCACUGCGAUGGACCCCUUGGCCAAGGCGGCGCCAAAAGCAUUCCGCAUUGCCGACAAGGAAGUGAGAAGGCUCUGGUGUGCGGCACAUGAGUAA